UCUAUUUACAGAGGACUUUGUGAUCCACUCUGCUUGAUUUGAUUGCCUGCCUCUUCACCGCCCUUCUUACUCCGGAGACGACGAUCCCAGAAAUGGAGAGCGAGCCAAGUCGAGUGAUGGUGGCGGUGAACGAGUCGACGAUCAAAGGCUACCCGCACGCGUCGAUAAGCAGCAAAAAGGCGUUCGAGUGGACACUGAGGAAGAUAGUCAGGGACAAUACCUCUGGCUUCAAGCUUCUCUUACUUCACGCUCAAGUCCAGGACGAAGACGGUUUUGAUGACGUGGACAGCAUAUAUGCUUCCCCUGAUGAUUUCCGACAUAUGAGGGAGCGUAACAAGGCUAAAGGACUUCACCUUCUUGAGUUUUUCGUUAAUAAAUGUCAUGAGAUUGGGGUUGGGUGUGAGGCUUGGAUCAGGAGAGGUGAUCCCACGGAAGUGAUAUGCCAUGAAGUGAGGCGUGUUAGGCCAGAUUUUCUGGUUGUGGGAAGUCGUGGUCUCGGUCCUUUUCAGAAGGUGUUUGUUGGAACGGUGAGUGAGUUUUGUGUGAAGCAUGCAGAAUGCCCAGUCAUCGUAAUCAAACGCAAUGCUGACGAAAGUCCACAAGAUCCAGCUGAUGACUAAAUUCCAAAAGCUACACAAACCAUGCGGUGUUCUUUCGUCUGAGAGAGACAUACAUGAGAAGAGAAAAAAAAGAGAAACAGAUCUCUUUUGAAUGAUCUAGUGUGUGCGUCUCUAGUUGUUGUAGUAGAUACUCAGAUUCACAUGAUAUAUAAUUGUGUGAGCAAUGCCUUUAGUC